UUGUGAUUGUGAUGGUGGAAAAUUCUCCCUCCCCCCUGCCAGAAAGAGCCAUCUACGGCUUUGUUCUGUUCCUUGGCUCACAAUUUGGCUUCUGUUUGUAUUUGGUGUGGGCCUAUGUACCAGAUGAAUGGCUUCAUUCAAUAGGGCUUACUUACUGGCCUCAAAAGUAUUGGGCUGUUGCUGUGCCAAUCUAUCUGCUAGCUGCAGUAGUAGUCUGUAUAGUCAUGUUGUUUGGGGUGAACAUGAUUAACACUGCUCCACUCAGCUCAGUGGACAACAUAACAGAUGUCUAUGCCAGAGGUCAGCGGAUAGAUGAUUGCCAGAAGAGGGCCAUACCCAGAUUAAAGGAUGUUUCCAUCAGUGAAGUGAACAGAAUUUUUUAUUUAUCACCUCAAUGACAACCAGAUUCGUCGCAAAGUGAAUACGGGACCAGGAAGUAUGGCAUUACCUCAGUGAGGAUGCUGACUAAGAAAAUUAACAAAUAGAUGAUUGAUUGCACUGUUUUAUAUGCACUGCAGAGAUAAUUGCUUGAUGGAAAAGUGUUUUCUCAUAUGAUCUUUAUUUAGUAUUUGUCAAGAGCUACAGUUUUUUCCCCCUAUUGUAAAUGUCUUUCAAAUUAUUUCCUUUUUUUAUUGGAAUUUUCAUUUUGUGGUUUAAAUGAUUUGGGCCUGGAUUCACAAGUCGUCUGAAAAAUAAAUCUCAGAAGCUCCUCAAGAAGAGCAUUCCGUAGAAAGUU